UGUACGUGGCUCUGAAUGACUCCGCCCCUCAGACUUCAGCCACUUCCGCUGGAUUCUGCGGAGGACCGGAAGCGACGGUCCGACCGGAAGUGGAGCUCUGCUUUAACGGUUCAUCUGUCAGCGGCCGCUCAGCUCCCGCAGCCAUGGCUCAUCUCCCAGCUCUGUUCAAGCACGUGGACCAGAACCAGGACACCUACGUCCAGCGCCUGGCGGAGUGGGUCUCCAUCCAGAGCGUCUCCAGCUGGCCGGAGAAGCGAGGAGAGAUCCGGAGGAUGAUGGAGAUGGCGGCCAAAGACAUCGAGCGUCUGGGGGGCAGCGUGGAGCUGGUGGACGUGGGCACUCAGAAGCUCUCUACAGGGGAGGUCAUCCCACUGCCCCCCAUCAUCCUGGGCUCUCUGGGGGCGGACCCGGCCAAGAAGACGGUCUGCAUCUACGGUCACCUGGACGUGCAGCCCGCCAGCAUGGAGGACGGCUGGGACACGGAGCCCUUCACUCUGGUGGAGAGAGACGGAAAGCUGUUUGGCAGAGGAUCCACUGACGAUAAAGGCCCGGUUCUGGCCUGGCUGAACUGCAUCGAGGCCUACCAGCAGAUCCAGCAGGAACUUCCCAUCAACAUCAAGUUCUGCCUGGAGGGCAUGGAGGAGUCCGGAUCGGAGGGUCUGGACGAGCUGGUGUUCUCCCAGAAGGACUCCUUCCUGAAGGACGUGGACUUCGUCUGCAUCUCUGACAACUACUGGCUGGGGAAGAGCAAGCCGUGCAUCACCUACGGCCUGCGAGGGAUCUGCUACUUCUUCAUCGAGGUGGAAGGCUGUCAGAAAGACCUGCACUCGGGUGUGUUCGGCGGCUCCGUUCAUGAGGCCAUGACCGACCUGAUCGCUCUCAUGGGCUCCCUGUUGGACCGGAAAGGGAAGAUUCUGGUUCCUGGGAUCUACGACGCCGUGGCUCCUCUGACCAAAGAGGAGGAGAAGCUGUACGAGGCCAUCGAGUUCGAUCUGGAGGAGUACAGCAAAGACAUGGGCGUCGGGAAGCUGCUCCACGACAGCAAGGAGGAGAUCCUGAUGCACCGCUGGAGGUACCCGUCCCUGUCCCUCCACGGCAUCGAAGGAGCGUUCUCCGACUUCGGAGCCAAGACCGUCAUUCCCCGCAAAGUCAUCGGCAAGUUCUCCAUCCGCCUGGUUCCCGACAUGGACCCCAAAGUCGUGGAGAAGCAGGUCGUCGGCUACAUCCAGCAGAAAUUCCAGGAGCUGCAGAGCCCCAACAAGCUGAAAGUAUACCUCGGCCAUGGAGCUAAAGCCUGGGUCUCUGACUUCAACCAUCCACACUACAUGGCCGGCCGCAGAGCCAUGAGGACAGUGUUUGGUGUGGAGCCUGACCUGACCCGUGAAGGAGGAAGCAUCCCAGUGACCCUGACCUUCCAGGAGGCUACGGGCCGGAACGUCAUGCUGUUGCCGCUGGGAUCGUCCGACGACGGAGCGCACUCCCAGAACGAGAAGAUCAACAGAUCUAACUACAUAGAGGGCAUCAAGAUGCUGGGGGCGUACUUCCAUGAGGUCUCCCAGCUGGAGUGAAGCCUGGAAUGAAACCAGCUCCCAUCUCCACAGAAACUCUUUCUCAUCUUUAGAUUCUGAUUCGACAUGACAGAGUCAGAAUUCUGAUGAUCAGUAACAUCAGAUACAAACUAAUCAAUCAUUAAGGAUAAAGAAUCAAGAUUAAAACAGCUUUUAUUAAAAUCCUGGUCUAGCUGCUUUACUGGCUUGAGAAUCAAAUUCUCUGUAAACAAACUCAAAUGUGAAGUCCAGUUGAAGAAGAUUUUAUAUUCAGAUUAAAAAAAACUCUUUUGUAAAUGAAAACUGCAUAAAUAAAAUGAUCCAGAAAGUUUGAA